AUGCUUCUUCUAGGAUGGUUUAAUACUGGUAACAUGACUUAUGCACGACGUAUUCACACAGCAUCUGUAUUAUCAAAUGGAAAAGUAUUAGUUACUGGUGGAGUUGAUGGUAGCCAUACUUUAAAUAGUGCUGAGUUGUAUGAUCCAACAACAGGAAAUUGGACAACUACUGGUAAUUUGACUGAUGCACGAAGAGUUCAUACAGCAUCUGUAUUAAACAACGGAAAAGUAUUAGUUAGUGGUGGUGGUGAUAAGAAUGGAAAUGGUGCUGAGUUGUAUGAUCCAAUAACAGAAAAGUGGACGCCUACUGGUAAUAUGACUGAUGCACGAAAUGGUCACACCGCAUCUGUAUUAAAUGAUGGAAGAGUAUUAGUUAGUGGUGGACCCUGUUCUGAAAGUGCUGAGUUGUAUAAUCCAUUAACAGGUAAUUGGACGCCAACUGUUAGUAUGAAUAAUGAUCGACAGUAUCACACCGCAUCUGUAUUAAACAACGGAAAAGUAUUAGUUAGUGGUGGAAGCGGAUGUGCAAGUAAUUUUGGGUUGUAUAGUGCUGAGUUGUAUGAUCCAACAACAGGAAAUUGGACAACUACUGGUAAUAUGACUGAUGAUCGAUAUGAGCACACAGCAUCUGUAUUAUCAAAUGGAAAAGUAUUAGUUACUGGUGGAUCUAAUGGUUUUAGUAUUUUAAAUAGUGCUGAGUUGUAUGAUCCAACAACAGGAAAUUGGGCACCUGCUGGUGAUAUGACUGAUGCACGAUUUGGGCACACAGCAUCUGUAUUAAAUGAUGGAAGAAUAUUAGUUAGUGGUGGACAGAAUAAUCGUGGUUAUCUAAAUAGUGCUGAAUUAUAUGAUCCAUCAACAGGAAAUUGGACAACUAUUGGUAAUAUGACUGAUGCACGAUAUCAGCACACAGCAUCUGUAUUAAACAACGGAAAAGUAUUAGUUAGUGGUGGAUAUUAUUAUAGUUCGGGUUUGAAUGGGCUUUUGGGCUAUGUUUAUUUGAAUAGUGCUGAGUUAUAUUAG